GUGGAGAUGAAGAUGGCGGCGCCGGUGGCCCCGCCACGGCAGCUGUCGUCGCUGUGAGGCGGGACGGGACAGGGCAGGACAGAAGCGUGUGCGCCCCGGCUGAGGCAGGGGGCGGGGUGGGCUCCGCCUCCCGCCGCCGGUAAAGCUCUGCUCUCCCGCACAGACGCCAUGGAGGACGAGGAGCGGCUGAAGAAGCUGGAGGCUGGGAAAGCCAAGCUUGCCCAAUUUAGGCAGCGGAAGGCACAAACUCAUGGUCACAACGGAUCAAAGAAGCAGAAAAAGAAGAAGAAAACAGCAAACGUCAAAGAUGAAGAAUCAAUACAGGAUGGGAUUGAUGCUGAUCGAUCUCAAGGUGAUGAAGCAUCCACGUGCAGCAGCCGAAGGGGAGCAGCUGCUGCUGACUUUGCUGUUGUCAGGACUUUGCAUAGUGGAGAAAUUAUCAAACACAAUCAGACUUACAGCAUUGAGCCGGAAAGUGAAAUUUCCACCACAGUAGAAGAUUACAGUUCUGAGGUAAAUGGUUGCAGUUUUGUGACAAGAACAGCAAUACCUGCAGACUUAAUCAGGGAAGAAGAAUUUGGAGUUGGAGAGAUUUGUUCUGAGCAUGGAAUUCAGCACUCUCCCAAGCAGCUAGAGGUGAUGGAGAAUGAAUUGGCUGGGAAACAGCAAGAGAUCGAAGAGCUAAACAGAGAGCUAGAAGAAAUGAGGGCAGCAUAUGGUACAGAAGGAUUGCAACAGCUGCAAGAGUUUGAAGCUGCCAUCAAAAAAAGAGACGACAUUAUCACUCAGCUCACUGCUAACCUACAGCAGGCACGGAAAGAGAAGGAUGAAACUAUGAGGGAGUUCUUAGAGCUUACUGAACAAAGUCAAAAACUGCAAAUUCAGUUUCAGCAUUUGCAGGCAAGUGAAGCACUAAGAAACACCAGCCAUAGUUGCACAGCUGCUGAUUUAUUGCAAGCCAAGCAACAGAUACUUUCGCAUCAGCAACAGCUAGAAGAACAAGAAUGUCUGCUGAAGAAUUACCAAAAAAAGAACGAAGAAUUCGAAGUGCAAAUUAGAUGUCUACAAGACAAAAUCACAGCAUAUGAAAUGGAAAAACACAAAAAUGAGGAAGAUUUGAGUAAACUAGAAGAAAAAGAAGCGUUAGUUGAAGAGCUGGAAGCAAAACUUGGGGAAGAAGAAAAAAAUUCAUUUCAGCUUAAGGAAAAAUUAUCAGAUGUUAGUAAAUUACUAGAAGAAUUGAAAGAACAGAUUUCGCUAAAGAACCAGGAGAUAAGUAAUAUGAGGGUUGAACUUACCACCUACAAACAGAAAGACAGACAAUGUUCUGACGAAAUAAAACAAUUAAUGGGAACUGUGGAAGAACUGCAGAAACGGUGUCAUAAAGACAGCCAGUCUGAAGCUGACGUUGUGCAAAGAAUGGAAUUAGAAACACAAAGGAGACUGGCACAACUUCAGGCUGAAUUGGAUGAAAUGCACGGCCAGCAGAUUGUACAAAUGAAGCAAGAAUUAAUUAAGCAACAUGCAAUGGAAAUAGAACAGCGUCUUUUACAACAAAAAGUAGAAUUGGAGAAAACUUCAAGUCUGUGUUUGAAUGAGAAUGUUAAUAAAGAUCAAAUGCAUUUAAUGAAUAUUAAAAUUAAUGAAUUGAAUGUGAAAUUGCAAGAUGCUAAUAAUGAAAGGGAAAAAAUAAAGCAAGAGUUGUCACAACAGAUGGAAGUCAUUUCAGCAGAGAAGUGUCUUCAACAAACUAAAAUUGAAGAUCUUUACCAAGAACUGAAUUUUUCAAGAGAGCAGGUUCAAAGAGCCAAACAAACUAUAGCAGAUAUGGAAUGUAGAAUAAAUGAAGCUGAAAAAUACCAUUUUGUGAUUGAAGAUUUAAAAACUCAGCUGGCUUCUGCCUCUGAAUUUAGGAAGGAAUUGGAAUUAAAACAUGAGGCAGAAGUCACAAAUUACAAAAUAAAACUUGAAAUGCUAGAAAGGGAAAAGGAUGCAGUUUUGGACAGGAUGGCAGAAUCUCAAGAAGCAGAAUUAGAGAGACUGAGAACAAAGCUGCUGUUUAGUCAUGAAGAGGAGCUUUCCAGACUUAAAGAAGACUUAAAAAAAGAGCACAUGGUGAACAUGGAAAGCCUUAAAGAGAACUUGACUAUGCACCAUAAACAGCAGUUAGAUGAGGUACAAAGUGAAAUGAGUCGAAAGAUAGAAGCCAUGCAAAGCGAAAAAGACAAUUUAAUCACAAAGCAAAAUCAGCUGAUAUUAGAGAUUUCAAACCUAAAAGAUUUACAGCAGUCUGUUGUAAAUUCUAAAUCUGAAGAAAUGACACUUCAAAUCCAUGCACUGCAGGAGGAGAUUGAAAUGCUUAGGCAAGAGGAAAAAGAAAAAGGUACCCUGGAACAAGAAAUCCAAGAGCUGCAGCUUAAAACUGAGUUGAUGCAGGAACAAAUGAGGGAGAGAGAAGAUAGCCUUCAAAGAAAAUGUUCAGAACUGGAAACACAUAAUAGCCUUCUUAGGGGGGAAAACAAAACUCUGGAAGAGAAAUUAAAAAGUAUGGCGGUAAGCUCUGAAGAAAAUGUCAUUUUUAACACGAGUUUUAGCUCUAACUCAGAAAUUUUGGACUUGCAAAAAAGAAUAGAAAAGCUGAUUACUGAAAAUGAGCAACUUAAAAACCAAAAUGGGCUACUCCAAGAGGAUACUGAAAGGCAGAAGAGUGCCUUUUCAUCUGCUGAGAAAAUACUUGAAGCUAAUUAUAAAGAGCUGCAGAAAGAAUGUGCAAGUCUUCUGAAGGCAAAAACUGAGUUAGAAGAGAACAAGAAUAAGCAGGAAGCUGAAUAUAAAAGCAAACUCAAAGCUUUGAAUGAAAAACUUCACCACUUACAAAGCAAUAGAUCAGUUUUAUUUAAAACUAAAACUUCUGGUAUUGAAGGGAGUAAAGAAAUCGAGGUGUCCAGGGCAGACACGCUUGAAGCUGGAGAGGUUGUCGAGAAAGAUGUGACAGAACUUAUGGAAAAGCUUGAGGUUAUCCAGCAUGAGAAACUGGAAUUAUCCCUGAGACUUUCUGAUCUCUCUGAACAGUUGAAGUCAAAGCACAGUGAAAUUUGUCAUUUAAAUGAAAAAGUGAAAUCCUUAAAAGAUGAGAAAGAACAAGUUCUAGCAAAAUGUAAAGAACUAGAAGUCAUAAUUAGCCAUGCUCAGACAGGAAAUAGUAGUAGUACUGACCCUAAGACAAAAUGCUCUAAAGGAAAAGCACCAAAGACUGUUGCUCCAGCAUCUGAAAGUAGGAAUAAAACCCCUGGUCCAAGGAGUAAAGUUGAUGAAGAAAUAAAUGUAAGAGGAAAUCCAGGUUUGGGUAAAGAUAUCAGUCAUGAGGUAACAAAAGGAAAGGAAGUUCAGCAGAUAUUGAAACCAGAACAGCAGUGUCUUGGAGAACAUUUGCAUGGGAUGACAGACAGGCUGACAGAUGAAACAUCGUUAAUCGCUGUGACACAGAGUGAAAAUAAUAAUCUUCAGCAGCAAGUGGAUGUCUUGAAAUUAGAACAGACUGAUUUACAGCUACAGAUGGAAGCACAGCGCAUUUGCCUAUCCCUGGUUUAUUCAGCUCAUGUAGACCAGGUUCGUGAGUACCUGAAAGCAGAAAAAGAGAGUGCACUUUGCAGUCUUAAAGAGGAGCUUGUACAUAGUCAUCUACAAGAGAUGAAUGAUCUUAAAAAAAUGCAUCAGCUGGAGCUCCAGACCUUGAAAAUUCAACAAGCAGAUGAUGAAGUCAAAUCUACACAAAGUCUUUUAGAAAAGUUGAAUGAAGCUGUAACUGAAGAAUGUUCUAGGCUUGCACAGGUUUUGUGUGACAAUCAGAAUGAACAUUCUUCAGCUGCUGUAGAAGUUGAUCAUAGGGAGCAGGAUAUUUUCCACAGACCUGCUGCUGUGAGAGAAAAGCUGAGUGUAGAAUUACCAAUACACACAGGUCAAGCUCAAGCUGUGCAAGAACGUAUGGAUGCACUUCUACACAAGAUAAUGGAAGAAUACAGUAGGCUGAAAGCACUUCAGACACAGCUGGUUAAGGAUUGUAAACAGGUCAAAGAACCAUGGUUAUCUUCUUCAGAAAGGAGGAAAGAAGAGGAACCUGGAUAUCUGGAAACAAACAUGGAAUGUCUGCAGACGCCUACACAGGGUCUUAUGGAUCCUAAGAUUCAAGAAUACUGUUUGAAGGAGAUAGGAAACCUUAAAAUGCAACUUGAAGAGCAGCAUGCUCAAGAACUGGAGCACCUCCGAUCCUAUUUCCAACAGCAGCUGAAAGAAAGCGAAGAGCGGUACACCACAGAGAUUGUCCAUCUGCAGGAUAAGCUUCAGGGUUUUGGGCUGUCCUCCGACCACACAAGUGUGUCCACAGAUUCACAAAUAAAGCUAAAAGAAGUCCUCAGGAAAGUGAAGUGCCCUGAAAAUCUUCAUCAGCAAAGAACAGAUGAGGCUCUGGAGCUUGCUAAAGAAGUUGACAAGCAGAGUGACCUUGAUGUAGUUCAAGUGCUAGAAAAACGGUACCAAGACAGACUAGAAGAAGAAAUAGCAAAGGUAAUUGUGUCAAUGAGUGUCGCAUUUGCCAAACAGACUGAAUUGUCAAGAAUUGCUAGGCAGAAGGAAGAAGCAUCACAAACACAGGUUGUACAUCAACAGGAAAUUCAUUGUGAAAUUAAAAAGCAAUGUGGCGAAGAAGAAGUGGAUGGCCCUCGCAGACAAGCAACAGCAAAAGGCAGGAAUCAUGAAGAAGAACUGAAAUCACUUUGCAAGGAACUCAGCGAAGAGUCUGGUGAGAGCAACUCACUUGGGGAGCAGCUUCAUUCUGAUAGCAAGCCUGGUUGCAUAGUAGGAGAGACCACACAUGAAUCAGUGAUUUCUGAAGAAAGUUUUUCUCAUGUCAAAGGGCUGAUGGCAGAAGAAACUUUGCACUACAGUGAGAUGACGGCAUCAGAUACAGAAACAUCAAGUCAGCUGUUGUUAUAUGAGGAACGUUUGGAAGACAUGCGACAAGAGCUGGUACGGCAAUAUCAGGAACACCAGCAGGCAACUGAAUUAUUGAGACAAGGGCACAUGCAGCAAAUGGAACGUCAAAAAGAAAAUCAAGAUCAACUCUUGGCAGAGCUUGAGAGUCUUAAAGUGCAACUAGCUGAGCGUGUCUCGAUGGAGAAUGACAGCCUGGUGACAGAGAGAGAGAGAAUGCUUUUAGAAGAACUGGAAUCCUUAAAACAACAUUCUGUACCCGGAAAAGAGAGGCUGUUUUGUGAGCUACAAAACAAUAGCACACAGACAGAGAAUGAAAAUGAAAACAAAAACGAUGUUAGAGAGCAGAUCUUUGAGGAUGAAGAUGGAGGAAGAAAGCCUGAUGAAACAUCGUCAGCUCUUCUUUCUAAAGAAAGGGAUAUUUUUCAGAAGGCUAAUGAGAAGCUCAUGAAGAUACUUUUAGAAGUUGUGAAGACAACUGUGGCCAUGGAGGAGACAAUUGGUCGCCAUGUUCUCAGGUUACUGGAUCAGACUGGGAAAGUCCAACCUUCCAAACCAGCUGGAUGGGACACAGAAACAGAAGAGUCAGUAAAACCCUGUGUCCGUGUGGGGUAUGAAAAAGAGUCCUGUUCCUCAUAUCAUGGUGGUAGUAUGGGAGAUGAUGACAUUAACAUGUGGUCAGGAGCAACAGAUGAAGGACUACUGAGCCAACACCUUGCAGAAAGUGGAGUGGAAAUAGAUCCUGAAAAUGAAGAACUCAUUCUGAAUAUUAGUUCUCGACUACAAGCGGCUGUUGAAAAGCUUCUGGAAGCUAUCAAUGAAACUUCAAAUCAGCUUGAACAUGCUAAAAUUACUCAGACAGAGCUCAUUCGAGAGUCCUUCAAAAAACAACAAGAGGCCACAGAAUUUAUGAAAUAUCAGGAAGAACUACAAGAACGUCUUAAUGAAGAAACCAAAGCCAGAGAGCAGUUGGCUUUGGAGCUUAGCAAAGCUGAAGGCCUCAUUGAUGGUUAUGCAGAUGAGAAAGCAUUUCUGGAAAAACAGCUCCAGGAAAAAAUAGAUGUAAUUGACCAUCUUGAGCAAGAACUACUGUGCACAGGUAACAAAUUGCAGGAGUUAGAGGCUGAACAGCAGCAGAUCCAGGAAGAAAAGGAGUUACUCUCCAGACAAAAGGAUGCCAUGAGAGCGGAUGCGGGGCCAAUAGAACAGCGCCUAGUAGAUGCUGCAGUCGAUGCAGCUUCCCAAGCAGAAUUGCUGGAAGAAACAGAAAAGCUAAUGAAAGAAAAAAUUGAAGUACAGCGUCAAGCUGAAAAAGAAUAUGAUGACCUUCAGAAGCAGGUGAAAAUCUUGGAAAUAGACUUGGAAGAACAGGUCAAUCGUUUCAUAGAGCUAGAGCAAGAAAAAAAUGCAGAACUAAUGGACUUAAGGCAGCAAAACCAGGCUUUGGAGAAGCAGCUGGAGAAAACAAGGAAAUUUCUGGAUGAGCAAGCAAUUGACCGAGAGCACGAGAGAGACGUAUUCCAGCAAGAGAUACAGAAACUGGAACAACAGCUGAAGGUUCCGCAGAGGAGUCAACCUGUCAAUGAACAUCAAACCAGAGAGGUUGAACAGUUAACAAAUCAUCUAAAAGAAAAAACAGACAAAUGCAGUGAGCUUUUGCUAUCUAAGGAGCAACUUCAGAGAGAUAUACAAGAACGAAAUGAAGAAAUUGAGAAACUAGAAUGCAGAAUAAGAGAACUGGAACAAGCCUUACUCAUCAGUGCAGACAACUUGCAAAAGGUGGAGGAAAGGAAGCAGUUUGGCACCAUCAUAGUAAAGGGAGAAUUGCCUCUUGAAGCACAACUGCAAGCUGAACGAGAAGCUGUGGACAGAAAAGAAAAGGAGGUCACGAACCUUGAGGAGCAACUGGAGCAGUUUCGAGAGGAGCUAGAAAAUAAAAAUGAAGAAGUUCAGCAGUUGCACAUGCAACUGGAAAUUCAGCGAAAGGAGUUUGCUACACACUUGCAAGAACUUGAACAAGAAAACAAAUUAUUUAAGGAUGAAAUGGAAAUACUGGGACUAGCUAUCCGGAAAUCUGAAGAUGCCACCAUAAAGGACCAUCAUUUAGUGGCGGGGAGGCUCGCUUACAUCAUGCAAGAAAAGGAGCAGGAAAUAGAUCAUCUACAUGAACAAAUUGCAAAACUGCAGCAGCAACUUGAAGUCACAACAGACAACAAAGUUAUUGAAGAGCAAAAUGAGCAUAUACAGGAGCUGGAAGCCCAGAUAGAAUUUCUGAAGAGUGAUCAAGAACGCGUGAAGAAAAAAAAUGAUGAGGAACUAGAGCAGCUGAAUGAUGUAAUUGAUAAACUUCAGCAGGAACUGGCAAAUAUCGAACAAGUACCUGCAGACAUUGCUGCUGUUCAAGAAGAUGCUGACAGUCUGAAACAUACACUUGAAACAGUUCUCGCGGAAAAAGCAGCUUUGGAGAAGCAAGUAGAAAACAUGAAUGUAGAGGCAUCUCAAACAAAGAAUGAGCUUGAGGAAACUAACUUAAAAAUGAACCAGCUAAUGCAAGAAAUAAGUAUGUUAAAAAAAGAGCACAAAAGAAUAACAGAGGAGCAUAAGUGUGCACUGAUGAAAGGUGAUAGGGAAAAAGCAGAAGAGAGGAGCAAUGGGAAAACUGGAAAAGUGGAAGAAAACUCAUGUGAGAAGAUAGACUUGCUAGAUCAAACACAGCUUUGGUCUUCAGGUGAAAAUAUGAGAGUCACCAUUAGCAAGAUGGAGAUACAACAGCAGCAGCUUCAGGCGUGCAUUGAGGAAAAAGAUUCAGAACUAUGCCAGGCCUACAAUGAAAUAAAAGACUUGAAAAAGCAAGGCAAAGCUGAAAGGGAAACACUUAACAAGAAGAUAUUAGAGCUGGAAAAGAUGCUAGUGGAGAAAGUUGCUGCUGCCCUUGUGAGUCAGGUUCAGCUAAAUGCAGUUCAGGAGCAAAGGAAAUUCGUGCAGGAAAUUCAGGAAGCUCCCAGAUGUGUGGCGGAAGCAAGCAAGAAUGCCCAAACAGAGGGUUUGAGUGAUGAAACUGAAAAUGAGAUGGAAUCAAAAUUGUCACUCCUAACACAGAGGCUUAGUGAGAUGGAGGACCAACUGGCAACGGUAAAUCAUAACUUGGAGCUAGAAAAAGAAAAUGUAAAAAUUGUGCAAAAGGAAGCCAAAGCGAAAGAAGAGAGACUCUUAGAACUUCAGCAAUUACUAGAAGAGAUGGACAAAAAACACAGUGGAGAGAUUCAGAAAUACAUUAAGCAAGAAGAAAUGCAGACAUAUCAGGUACGAGCACAACUCAUGGAAAGUCAAAAAGAAAAUAAGCUUAUUAAUGAACUUGAACUAGAGAAAGUUAAAGAAGAAGCAGCUGCCGCUAAGGAAGAACUGAGCAGUUACAGAGAAAAAGCAGAAAAGCUUCAGCAGGAACUAGCAGUAAAAGAAACAAGUCUGAUACAUCUUCAGGAAGACCUGUGCAAAGUCAAAGAGAACUUAGUUCAAGCAGAGGAGAGGCUUGCAAGUUAUGUGAGAAAGGACAAGGACAAGGAUAUGGCAAAAGCUGAAAGCAAAAAGGAUGCAGAAAUAUUGUGCAAUUUGUCAACCAGCGAGUCUACUUUGAUUAGAAAAAACUCAUCAUCCCAAACAGACAAGACUGUGGAAGUCAACAGCUGUAUCCAGACUUCACCAGUGCCUGUUGAAAAUGCAGAAAUCCAAAUUGAUUUGCAAAACGAAUGUUCUUCAGAAGAGAUUGCAGAGAUCAUAAGAGAAUUUACGGAAAAAAUUGAACAAAUGCAAGAACUCCACGCUGCUGAAAUCAUGGACAUGGAGACAAGGCAUAUCUCUGAAUCUGAAGCAUUAAAGAGAGAGAAGUUUGUUGCAGUGCAAGUACUGACUGAAGAAUGUAAUACUUUGAAGGAAGUCAUAGAAACUCUACGACCUAAAGAGGGAAUCCCAGUUUCUGGAUUAGCACAUUCUCCACCUUAUCAAGCUAGAGAUGGAGGUUCUAGUGACUCCAGUUCAGACUGGAGUCAAGGAAUGUAUCUUGCUCAGACCCAGGGAUCUGACACAGUAUCUGAAGGAAUAGAUGAAGGUGAAUCUUCAACAGAUUUGCUUCCAAAAAAAAUUAAGGGUUUGCUGAGAGCAGUCCAUCAUGAAGGCGUACAGGUGCUGUCUCUGACUGAGUUUCCAUAUGGGGAAAGAGAGAUGCCACCUCUUAAGCAAGAGCCAGAAUCUCGGCUUGAGGAGAGGAAGGCUUUUCUAAGCACCAUUUCAUCUUUGAAAGACCUAAUUGCAAAAAUGCAACUUCAUAGAGAAGCUGAGGUUUAUGCAAGUACUGAAUCCGAAGGAAUCUCAGACUGGCGAGGAGAACUUCUGCAUGCUGUUCAGCAGCUGUUUGUGAGAGAACAAAAUGUUCUUCUCGCUGCGUUUCAAACUGAACUUGCAGAACUGGGCACAAGAGAUGCGGUGAUGUUGAUUAAUCAGUUAGAGCACAGACUACAAGAGCAGGUUACUAACCAGAGAGCAGCAAUGGACUGUCUUCAGAAUGCCGACAGAAGAAGUCUGCUGAUGGAGAUUCAAGUAUUACAAGCUCAGAUGAACAGUAAGAAAAAUAAUCCAAAGAGAGAACACGAGAUUGAUUCAAAAAGCCAAGAAAUGCUGGAGUAUAAUAUGCAGCAGAAGCAGUCACAGAUACUGGAGAUGCAAGUGGAGCUCCGGGGUGUGAAGGACAGAGCAGCUGAGCUUCAGGAGCAGCUGAAUUCAGAGAGAAUGAUGGGUGCCGAGCUGAAGAAUGAACUUGCACAAGCCAAACUAGAGCUUGAAACAACCCUAAAGGCCCAGCACAAGCACUUCAAGGACCUGGAAACCAUCAGGACUGAAGUUAAAGAAAAAGCAGCUGAGCUAGAUAUUCUCAAGGAUACAAUGGCCAGUGAACAAAAAAAAUCAAGAGAGCUACAGUGGGCCUUGGAAAAGGAAAAAUCUAAAAUGGAGCGCAAUGAGGAAAGACGAAGAGAAGAGCUUGAGGAUUUAAAAUUUUCACUUGAAGAUCAAAAACAAAAGAACUUGCAGUUAACUAAACUUCUGGAGCAAGAGAAACAGCUGUCAACUGAUCUGCAACAGAAAAUCGAAUCCCAAGAAGCACUCAGUGCUGCCCAGCUGUCACGUGAACGAGGCCGUAGUUCUGAGUUGCAGGUGCUUCUUGAAUCAGAGAAGGUUCGAGCUCUCGAAAUAAGCAGUGCCCUAGAAAGGGAAAAAGAGCUGUGUGCUCAGCUUCAAAGUGCUGAAGAUAAGGGGCAAGCUGGAACACCUAAUCCAUCUGAGGAAUUACUUAAAGAGCUACAGAAACAAAUGGAUGAAAAGCAUGACCGUAUAGUGGAGUUAGUAAGUGAAAUGGAGAAGUAUAAAUUGGAAUCUGUGCAAGUGAGACAGCAACUGGAAAAAGAAAGGCAGAUCCAGAGGAAAGCAUUACAAGCAGAACAAGAUGCUAACAUAACAGUGCAGAAGAAGCUCCAUGAACUGGAGUCUAAAGUAGAAGACCUGCAGUGGCAACUUGGAGAAAAGAAGCAAGAAGUUCAUAAAUUAGGGAAUGAAACAAAGAAGUUGCAGGAAAUAAUCCAAGAAUUACAGAAAAAAGAGCAGGAGAAUGAAGGAAGAAAGGAAGCCGAAAGGACACCAAGCCACAAUCCAAAUGAGACUACCUGGGACACACCCAGUGAGAGAACAAGAAAUUGGGUUCUCCAGCAAAAAAUGGAAGGAGCCGAGAUGAAUGAAUCAACAUACCCAACGCUGACAGGAGGAGGAGAUCUCUCUGCUGCUACUGAAAUUCUGGAAAAUGUCAGAAAAAAGCUGCAAAACGCAUCUCCAAAGCUGAAGCGGUUGGCUCAGAAAGCUGCCAGCAGGCUACAGUUUGAAGCAGCAGAUGAUCAAGACUUCAUUGCAAUACAAAAUGCGAUUGAGGAAGUAAUUUCAGAGCUGCAGAAACUGCCCGGAUUGUCCUGUCUGGAAGAGCUGAAGCUGGUGCUGCCCCCGGGGACCCCGUCGAGCUCGCUGACCGAGCAGCUGCUGCGGCAGAACGCUGAGCUGACCGGCUUCGUCAGCAGGCUGAGCGAGGAGAAGAACAACUUGAGGAAUGCUGUUAUGAAACUGGAGGAAGAACUGAGGAGAUACCAGCACCGACAACUUUCUGGAGACUAUUCUUCUAGACACUCAUCGGAUGUUGGAGUUAAUAUCGAUACUCUUGUUGCCUCUGAGAAGGAAACUUGGAGCAGAGAAAAGCUGUCACUGCAGAAAGCUUUGAAGCAAGCGAAUGCAGAGAUCUCCAAGCUGAGAGCAGAGCUCAGGAGCGAAGCUUUCCUCAGAGAGCUGGGAUCAGAUUCUGAAAACGCUGUUUUAAGGAGAAUUUAUGGCAAAUACCUACGAGCAGAAAGCUUUCGGAAAGCUCUCAUAUAUCAGAAAAAAUACUUGCUGCUGUUACUGGGGGGAUUCCAGGAGUGUGAAGAGGCCACGCUGGCCCUCAUUGCACGGAUGGGUGGACAGCCUUCCUACACAGACCUCGAGAUCAUCACCCAUCACUCCAAGGGCUUUACAAGAUUUCGCUCUGCGGUCAGAGUGUCCAUCGCAAUUUCAAGGAUGAAGUUCCUGGUUCGUCGAUGGCAGAGAGUUACAGGUUCUGGUGUACUAAGUGUCAAUGUCUUUAGCCAGAACGCAGGCAAUGAACUACGCCCUGAUUCAUCCUCUGGUGGCGUGGAUCUUUAUGGAGAACAAAGGCAUUCCUACAGAUCCAGGUUCCACAGUAUGCCGACCGAUUUAAACCCAGUCUCUUUCGCCUGUCCUCAGCUGCAGAACUACGAUCCUGAAAGAGCUUUAACAGAUUACAUCCACCGGCUGGAGGCACUGCAGAGGCGGCUGGGCAGCGUGCAGUCAGGUUCGACUUCGUACACUCAGUUGCACGUGGGUAUGAGAAGAUAAUAAUUUGCUUUCAACAGCUCCAUCACGGGCAGUGACGUUAAUGGAUUGCCUUCUGUAAAUCUCUGCUCUUCCUGUGCUUUUGUAUAAUGUGUAUAUUGUGGGACCAAUAAGAACACAGCUAGACGAUUGUAUACAGUUCCAUCCUGGCAGACCCACGCAGACUGGGAUUUAUGUAUAUAGGCACUUCGUGUUCAUGGGGGAAAAAAAAAGCAGAAAAAGAAAAACCAAAAAAACAACCCUCCCCACCAUUAAAUUACGUGUAUAUUUGUGGAAUGCUAAUUUAAACAAUUAACUUAUGAAGUGUGUAUUUAUCAAAAGGGUGCAAAGAUGAAACUUGUGUAAUAAUGAAAUUGAGCUACAUUUGGCAAAGUUUACUUGCACUUUUUCUGGCAAGGCUACUGAAGUUCCACGAUUCUCGUAAUAUUUGCUACUGGCAGUGCAGACAGAAUAUCACUUGUAGAGACCUAUUUUUGUAAUGGUAGAAGUUUUGAAUUUUAUGGGUAUUUUGUCAAAGUACUGAAAUAAAGACAACUUCAUGCUUUUAA